AAUUUCAUAUAUGUUCUUCAGGAUAUAGGUAUAUGGAUUAUGUAGCCGAAUCUUUAUUUUAUCUAGAGUUAAAAUUUUAACUUGUUAAAGAGACAACAUAAAUAUUUUGCGAAUAAUCUGGAGCAUUACAGGUAGCGAUUUCAUUAUCUUGAGAGACUAGAAUGACGAUGCAAAAUGAUCGAGGAUGUUAAAAACUAAAAAACUACAAGAACACUAUUGCUGCAACUGCUCUAUUAAAGAGAGGAUAGCAGUGAUGACUUAAUUGACGGAUACUAUUGGAGAUUCACUUGUGAGAGGCUGGUGUUUGGUAAAAUAAACAGUGAAAUAACUUGAAAACAUAUCUUGUAAAAAAUAAAAAAAUAAAAAAUAAAUAAGGUAGACAUAGCGUGUAAAUACAGACAGUGUUAUUCAUAAACAAUAAUAUGCUUCACCCGGAGAUAGAAAAAAUUGAUCAUCAAGUACAGACAUCUCUAGAAGAUCUCAGUCCAGAAACUCGUGGGCAAAUUGAGGAAGAACUUCAAAAAUUGCGCGAGGACAAGUCAUUACUUGAAGGAAAAAUUCGAGGAUACUUGACGCUCAGUGAUAUUUGCCGGGAGUAUAAAGAAGAACUUUCAAAGCUUCAACAAGAUUACAACAAACUACAAGAGAAAGUCAAAGCACACAGCAGUUUUGGUAUGGCCAGCCAGCUUCGCAGAAGUGAAUCCCCUACACCAGACAACGACCUCGGAACGGUUAAUGGACAGCGGCAUGAACAACGUACACAAACUCACGACCCUAAACAUCAUCAAUCAUACGCAUCAACAUCAAUCAACAAUUUCGGUUCAGUUGCCUCAAAUAUUCUUAGAGAAAAGGAUGUACCUGUUCGCACUAAAGAGCUUUUCGAUUUAGUUGAAGAUCCGCCAAAGUCUAGUGAGGGGACAAAGUCAAUGCCACACAGUAUAGAGUCAACUCCAUAUCAUGAUAAAUAUCCAAUGCAAGAGAGCAUGGCUGAUGAGCCAAACAAAUCUAUCACAGGUCUUGGAUUCGAGCAUGUACCAUCUGAUGAUAUAGCACUAGGACAGUCUGCAGGGAAUUUGGGACACAAACAGUCUGGAGACUUGAUGAACUUCAGUGUUCCUCAAGCUCAGGCUCACAUUCAUAAGAUUCCAGUAACCAAUGACAACCAAGAGCUUGAAAACAUUCUGAAGUCAGUUCAGCUGGACAGUGCAGAUAAAGUAGAACUUAGGAAAGUGAUUGAAACAGUUAAAUCUUAUUCAAACUCGCACAAUGAAAAAUUGCAGAAAACAAAUGCUUUUCUUGUUGACAAAAGCAGUGAAUACCAGCAUAGGAUCAAACAGUUGCAAGAAGAAAACCAGAGGAUUAGAGAAGAUAACCAACGUCUGGUUCAGAAAGUUCGGUCUCUGGAACAGCAGCUGUAUGACCUUUCAAUGUCGAGGUCCAUGACCCCCAAAGACAGCUCAGCAGCCGGCUGGGUUCAUGUUCAAAAACCGUCAGAGAAUGGUCAGGUUGCCAAGACAACAGAGCAACAACAGAGAUCAACAUUUAACAAUGAAGAACUAGAAACAUUGAGGCAGAAGAAUCAGCAGCUUACAGAAGCCAAUCAGAGGUGGAGCAAUGAGUGGAACAAACUGGUUGCACAUUAUGACGAUCGUAUCGCCGACCUGCAGACAGAGCGGGACAGGAUGGCGAAGGAAUUGACUGAAUUCAAGAUCUCUGAGGAAGCUAAGCAAAGAGACUAUGAAAAAAUGCUGAUGAACUCGAAGAAAAAAUCCUCGGAGGAGGAGAAUGCUAAAGAGGAAGCCUACCUCCAGCUGACGUCAGCUAAUAACAGAGCUGAAGCUCUUCAGAUGCAAUUAGCAGAAAGCGAGGAUACCAUAGCUGCUCUUAGACGUGAAAAACAAGUUCUUGAAACAGAACUCAGCGUUAUGAGGCAAAGACCUGUGACAUCUUCAGGAAUUGCUCCACAAGCAUCUAGAACUGGACGGAACCAGAUGGAGCUUCACACAGAGAAUGACGUGCUCCGUCAACAACUUCUCGUGUUCCAGGAGGAUUUUGACCGAGAACGUCAGGAUCGGGCAAAGGCUCAGUCACUCAAAGACGAUUAUAAAAAACAAAAUGAGCAAUAUAAAAAACGAGUUAGACACCUGGAACAGAAAAAUUUAAAUUAUGAUAGACAGAUAAAAACUCUAGAAGAUUCAAACAAACGCAUACAGGAAGAAAAAAUAGCUCUACAGCAAGAAAAGUCAUCUCUGCAAGCCCAACUGCAGAGAGAACAAGAGAAAACUCGUACUUACAUUCCAAGCCAGUUGGCUUAUCAGCCGCAGCUGGUCCAAUCUGCUGGCAUGCAGCCACAGAGACAAGUUAUAUUUGGUCAGCAGGUACAACCUCGCCCACAGCAGUACAUAAUACAACCAACAUAUGAACAGCAGCGAGUUCCACAACUCAAUGGCGGAAUGGUUGGAUACAAUGUACAGCCGCCUGGUGCCCAGUAUCUGCCAGUACAACAGGGUGUGGUAAACCCUCCUUCACCAUACUAUCAGGCAAAUCAAGCCGGGAGACAGACAGAAGUCAAAGUCGGCUCUUGGUCAUGUGACCAAUGCACAUACACAAACUAUCCUGGCAGAACUGUGUGUGAAUUAUGUGGCUAUAUCCGAAGCCCCUCAGCAACUCAAAACAACUUCGUUUACAGACCUAAUGGAAAUGAAACUUUACAUGCGCGUGGAGAACCUCAGCGUCAGCAGCCACAACAACAACAACAACAACCCCCAUAUGGCUAUGGCGGAUCGUCAGCACAGAGAGAUAUCACAACUGACAACAUUAAUUACCAAUAAAACAAGUGUAGUCCAGUUCUUGUAUUGAACCGGACUUCACCCAACUGAAUCCACAUCAGUUAGACACUAGUCUGAAUGGGCCUCUCUUCAGAAGCCAAGGAAUAAAGGAAGCACUAUACAGAAACAAUAAAUAUAAUGAACUAUCAACAAACAAAUAUAAUGACUUUAAAUAUAUUAGAUUACUUAGAAGAAAAGGAUUUGCCACUUUUUAUAUAGAAAGAAGUGUGAAAAAUAAUUAGAAAAAGGGAAAACAUUAGAACGAAGUUUACUUUUUAAGCUACUACACUUCUACUGGACUUUGCUACUGAUAAAAUAUUUAUGGCAAAAUAUUUUAUCAUUAAUUACAAGUAAGUUUCAAGUAAAAAAACAACAACAGUGUUGUUGUUGAUUUAUGAAGAUACUUCUUCUGUCACUUCUCUUGUUUCUACUAAUUAAAUAUUAUGGAUGGUUUCCUUGGCUUCUAGUGAGAGAUGUUGAAAACCAGACUACUUUGGGAAUGAGUCAGAUCAGGACACUGUCUGAAUCAAUCCUGAUAAAGGAAACAGAUAACCAGUCUUCUAGUUCGAGGAGGGAAAAGUGGCACCAGUCAAGAAAAGAAUGAAAAGCUUGAAGGCGAAGAGACAUUUGUAGGCAAAACAGUGAAUGGCCACUAAUCUAGAUUGGUCCAUGAAAGAAUAGCAUAGUUAUUUCUAUGUGAAUUCUGGGCUCUACCCAGAGAUAAAGUAGUGUUUAAAUGAUGAAUAUGUAAAAAUGUUGUUGAAGAUAGUUACAAUUUUUGUUUUAUUUGAUUAUUGCUAAUCAUUGUCAUGAAGCAUUAUCUUUGGUAGUGUAUAGUGUUGCAAUUUAUCUAAGAUGUUCUCAUUAUCAAUAUGCAUGACAUUUUUCUUUCUUCUAACAAGUGCAUUCUGAGGUAUUUCUAGUGUAUAUAAUGAUAUUUCAGAAUAUUUUGUCAGAUGUUUUGAAAAAAUAGUUCAGAAAGGAAUAUUAAAAUAUAGAAAGAAAUAUUGAAAUAAGGUUCUUCAGUAACAUGGAUAUGUUCCAGAAAGAAAUAUUGAAAUAAGGUUCUUCAAUAACAUGGAUAUGUUCCAGAAAGAAAUAUUGAAAUAAGGUUCUCCAAUAACAUAAGUGUCAAAUUGAUUUGUUCCGGAAAGGAAAACUGGAAUAAAGUUCUAAAGUAACUUUGAAAUUUUCCGGAAAGGAAUAUUGGAAUAAGGUUCUCCAGUAACACGGAUAUAAUCCGGAAAGGAAUAUUGGAAUAAGGUUCUCCAGUAACACGGAUAUAAUCCGGAAAGGAAUAUUGGAAUAAGGUUCUCCAGUAACACGGAUAUAUUCCGGAAAGGAAUAUUGGAAUAAGGUUCUCCAGUAACACGCAUAUAUUCCGGAAAGGAAUAUUGGAAUAAGGUUCUCCAGUAACACGGAUAUAAUCCGGAAAGGAAUAUUGGAAUAAGGUUCUUCAUUAACAUUGUUCCGGAAAGAAAUAUUUGAAAUUUGGUUCUCCAGUAACAUUGAAUAUUUCUAGAAAGAAAUAUUGGAAUUAGCUUCUCCAGUUAAAUUGUAUAUGAUAGUUAUACUGAACUUAGGCUUUUUGACAGUAUUGGAUAUGUACCAGAUGCGAAUCUUCAAUUUCAUUAGAUAUGUGCCAGAUGAGAAUCUUUGAUUACAGUUUAUGUGUUUCAGAAAUUGUCUCAAAGAAUUAAGCUUUUGGAUCACUUUGUUAGUGUUUGAGACACUAAUAUUGAAGUAAGGCUCUUGCAUUGCGGUAAAUGUGUUUCAGAACCUCUGGAUAUUGAAAUAGAUAUGGCAGUUGCAGUUAGACUGUCUUAUGCUGUAAUAAACAGAGGAACAGAAAUAAAGCUCUUGUGUUGUUACAUUGAACAUUUUACUGAUAAGAUUUAUGAAAAGUUACUUUUUACUACACGAGGUACAUCACAUUUUAAGGAUUAUUUCAGGGCAACUGUUGGAUUUAUGAUUAAGACUAUUUUCACAUUAUAUCUGAUAAGUUGAAAUGGGAAGAAGUUCAGACUAUAAUUACGAUUGUGAACAUUGAGACUAAUAGACAUAUAAGAUAUGGACCUUCUUGAUUUGGUUUAGGCAACUUCUAAUACUGUGUAGAUAUGGACAAGCUAAGGAUGUUUCUACAAUAUUUUUUUCACCAAACUUGAAUUAUAGCCUCCAAAGGACUGUGAAUUUUGUGAGCUUUUACAUGAUAAGAUUGAAAUAAUGUAAAAUGAAAUUUUAAAAUGGUUAAAAGUUUGGAUCUUUAGCAGUGCAUGUAGAUGUUAAUCAAGGACAGUAUUAGAAAUUGUCUGAUUACUUUAAAUUAAUAGAACAUAGAGAGAAUUAGUUUGAAAGCAUUGAUUUACUAAACAUAACUACAUGCACUUCAUUUCAGUUUUAGGGUUAAUACUGUGUACUUGUAGCUGUUGUCUGGUGUAGAGGAUUCACUCAAAUACUGACAAUUAGUCUAUGAUGUAAAGUAUAUUAUGUGAAACUUAAAAUAAAGAUGUAAUUAUUAUUAUGUAAUAAAGUUAGAUACGGAAGUUACAAGAAAAUUAUGUAUUUGUAAUUAAAACUAUUUUUACAAUAGCAUUAAAUGGUAAGUUUUAGAUAUUGAGAUAAAGCUGGCAUAAUUUUCUUCUAUGUGUUUUACUAUGCAUUAAAAAAUGUCAUCUGUAUAUUUGUACUACACUUAUAAUUACUAAUGUGCAGUCUUGAUACACAGGUAAGUAUAACAUCUUAUGAAAAAAAUAUUGAUUCCUUAACAUUAGACAAAUCUUUAAUAUACUUGCACAAAAAUAGUUUUAUUUUACUUUCUCUUGUAUUAACAGGAAAGUAGAAAGACUACCUGUUUCCUUAUAGAAUUUCAGAUUUUUUUGUUGGCAUUUUACCCAACAUUAUUACUAUAGCAGCAGAGCAAGACAAGAGCAUAUUAAACAUGCAGUUGGAUUAUUUAUCUUGUCUACUUAGACAAGAAAAUGGCCAAGGUAAUAACUUUGUGGUAAACAUCACAUGAGGAAACCUUGAAUACGGAUAUCCCCUAAAUGGGGUGAACUAUCAGUUGAAAUAAACUAUAAAACUUAGAAAGUACAGGUUAAUGUUAGACUUCUGGACUUUAACAGUUUUAAGUUUGAUCUUAUAAUUCUCAAGUUGAGUAAUUUUAUACCUUUGAAUUCUCAAAUUGAAUACUGUUGCACGUUAGAGAUGUAAGAUUCAGGUAACUAACCCUGUGAAAUUAAGAUUAUACUGGUACAUGCUGUCACUGGAAACCUAAACAUGUUAAUACCACUCGUGGACGUGUUUAAUUGACGCAGUUCCAGUGGACUAUAUUGUGGUAGUCAUUCAGCCACUAACAGAUUAGUUACCUAUUAUAUUUCUAGUAAAUAUGUAUCAUGUUUUCUUAUCUUUCCUUUUUCUAUCAUUUCAUGUUUUACCCUGUUAACAGUGUCGAUUCAAUUAUAUGCAUACAAUUCAACCAUCAUAUUUAUUUUAACAAAGGAAGCACCUUUACUUUGAUUUGUUGUAUGUUUUUUUGUUCUUUUUUUCAUAAUAAUCCAAUCAAUAAUUUUGAUAUUGAUACAAAACAAAGUGAAGAUAUUCUUAGUAAAAUGUAUGCAAAUUUAAAUUUUAAAUUAUUUUUGUAAUUCGUUUAAAGAAAGCUCUGUUGUGAUACUUUAUGUUUGUUUAUUAUAUACAUGUACAUUCUAUGAUUCUAUCUACCAGGUUAGCAUAUAUUUUAAUGCAGAUUUCACAAAUGAUAGCAGUUCUCAUGACGUCUUAUGAAUAAACCAUUGUUUUGUAUUAAAUUAUAGUUGGAAUGUUUCUCAAUUAAAUCAUUAUCUUUUAAUAUUUGUCAGAAGUCUAUGGUCCAUAUUAUCAAAGACAGAAAUACAUUUUAGGCAACAAGCAAUGCUUAGAAUACAAGUCAUGUAUCUUGCAAGAAUUUGAAAUUUACAUGUUUUUCGUAAUCUUUCGAAAACAGAAAAAAACCUGUAAAUUCAAAAAGCAAAGAUCGGAUGAUUAUAAUAAUAUGAUGUUUGUAGAAACAUUUGAUCAAAUGGUAUAUUAUUUCGUUAGACUGAAGUUCCUAUCAUUUGUUAAAUAUGUAGGCUUUUUUGUAAUUUUAUCUUGCAGUCAUUGUUUGGUUAAGGGAAUAUUUUUUCUUCUUUUUUUGAAUGUGUGUCUUGCUUAUUUCAUAGAACUAACCUCACCCUCAUAAAACUUAUGUUUAUACAGGUUAUAUAGUAUCUAAACAGAAUCUAAUAAUUAGAACAUUGUAAAAAAUACCAAGUUUGGAAAAAUAUUUUUUAAAAAUCACAUGUGGUAUGAUUAUUUGAUUUUGGUAUUUUGAUAUUUUUUGUCAUGUAUUAAUGCACAAAUAUUGCAGUGGAUUUAAAAAGAAAUAAAAAAUCGGUAUAAACAAUAAAA